AACACCAUCAUUUCCUUGGCCUAAAAUCCAUAUAAUUACACUCAAAUUCCUACUAUAGUAUUUUAGGUAAAGAUAUCACAAUAUCUUUAAGUAGUAUAGUUUUUCUAAUUCUUCCACUACUCUUGGCUCCAAAAACUUUUGGCCCUUUGACCUGAUUUCUUUUUUUUUUUUUUUUUUUUAAAAAGUCACUUAUUGCCCUUGUCUUGAUACUUGAUUGUCCCUCUCUUCUCUUCUCUUCUCUUAUAUAUUCCAUCUUCCUUAACCAUUUGUACAACUUAACUCCUAACAUCUCACAAAAUAACAGAGACACACACUUGGGAAGACACUGAGAGAAUAUGGCACCUGAAUUUCAGAAGAGCACCAUGUACGUCUCAAAUGAACUCGAAAGUGGAGACGUUCAGAAAAACUUCGAUGAUGAUGGACGCGAAAAAAGAACUGGGACGUUGUUGACUGCGAGUGCGCAUAUUAUUACUGCUGUGAUUGGUUCUGGAGUACUUUCUCUAGCAUGGGCUAUAGCUCAGUUAGGAUGGGUGGCUGGCCCUGCUGUUCUCUUUGCUUUUUCUUUCAUCACUUACUACACUUCUACACUUCUUGCCGACUGCUAUCGUUCUCCGGGCCCUGUUUCCGGAAAGAGAAACUAUACUUACAUGGACGUUGUCCGUUCUCACUUAGGAGGUUUUAAGGUGACACUGUGUGGAAUUGCACAAUAUGCUAACCUGGUUGGAGUUACCAUUGGAUAUACUAUUACAGCAUCUAUCAGUAUGGUGGCUGUAAAGAGGUCAAAUUGUUUCCACAAAAAUGGCCAUGAAGCUAGCUGCUCAAUUGAUAGCUAUCCAUAUAUGAUUAUAUUUGCAGUAAUUCAAAUAAUUCUUAGCCAAAUACCAAACUUCCACAAGCUUUCAUGGCUAUCCAUUCUUGCUGCCGUCAUGUCUUUUGCUUACGCAUCUAUCGGUCUUGGACUCUCCAUAGCCAAAGCGGCAGGUGUAGGGCAUCAUGUGAAGACAGGCCUAACAGGGGUCGUAGUUGGGGUGGAUGUAUCUGGAACAGAAAAAUUAUGGAAAAGCUUCCAAGCCAUUGGAGAUAUUGCUUUUGCUUAUGCUUAUUCCACAGUUCUCAUUGAAAUACAGGACACGCUGAGAUCAUCACCUCCUGAAAGCAAGGUAAUGAAGAGAGCAUCACUAGCCGGAGUUUCCACGACAACCUUAUUCUAUAUACUAUGUGGUACCAUUGGCUAUGCAGCCUUUGGAAACGAUGCUCCAGGAAACUUCCUCACUGGCUUUGGAUUCUACGAACCCUUUUGGCUAAUUGACUUUGCAAAUGUCUGCAUUGCCAUCCACCUUAUCGGAGCUUACCAGGUUUUCUGCCAACCUUUAUAUGGAUUCGUGGAGGCUCGUGCCAAUCAGCGAUGGCCAGACAGCAAAUUCAUCACCUCUGAACACAAUGUGCGAGUUCCAUGCUGUGGCACUUUCAACUUCAACCUGUUCAGGUUGGUGUGGAGAACAGCAUAUGUUGUACUGACAGCUGUCAUUGCCAUGAUAUUCCCGUUCUUCAACGACUUCUUGGGUUUGAUCGGGGCAGGAUCAUUCUAUCCAUUAACCGUUUACUUCCCAAUAGAGAUGCACAUUGCCCAGAGAAAGAUUCCAAAGUAUUCUUUCACAUGGGUAUGGCUAAAAAUACUGAGCUGGACUUGCCUGAUCGUAUCACUUGUUGCAGCUGCUGGAUCUAUCCAGGGUCUUGCCACUGAUGUCAAGCAUUACAAGCCUUUCUCAAGUCAACAAUAAGUAUUCAGAAUUGUUCAAAUUAAAUAUGUAAUGUUUUCAAUAAGAAGUGUAAUCCAAGCUGAUUGGCUGUAUGUUAUUCUUGCAAAUUUU